UUUUUGCUACGAGCGUUGCGGGAAUCCGCUUACACACAUUUCCCACUGACUGUCCGAAAACGUUUCAACUUCAACUUCACGUAAUUUUUUUGUGUCGCACGGAUUUUCUAAAUUGUCAAUCGAAUUGUCAGUCGUCGUCAGGAGUGUUAUACAAAGAAGGAGGAGUCUGAACGUUUCUCUCCCCCUCAUCCUUGAUAUUCUUUAACAAGAGGAAAAACGUGAAAAAUGCCUCCCAAGAAAAUUAAACCAGUUGCUCCCAAGGAUGUGGCCAUCUACUUGGUAGAAGCGGAUGAAAAUGACGUUGUCCCAGAGGAUUCGAUCCAGUUAGUGAGACACUGUGUAAUAGAUAAGAUUUUCUCGGAAAACCAGGAUCAUAUCGCAAUCUGUAGGACUGGUGAGAGUUCUAACGUGCAAUUCGACCCAGCUGAUUGGAAUGCUCUCCGAAAAGUUGAAAAGAAAUUUCGACAGCCUGGAAAAGCUAGAAGUGAUCCAAUUUCUGCACUGAUUGAUAUGUGCAAUGUCAUUAAUGCACAGGGAGAAUUUGACUCGUACGAAUGCAAAAAGAUUUUGUUCUUUGCAUUGUUGAAGGCCGACUUGAAGGAGAAGAAAUUGAAAGAAUUUGCUACGGUUUUGGAAAACAGUACCAUCAAUGUGUCCAUAAUAUUGCCAGAUGAAAAAGAUAUGGAUGCCACACAGUUGGAAAAUAACAAAUCUUUAAGGGCCAUAAUGGAACAAAAAGAAAAUGACGACUUCCUUAACAUCUGUACUAGAUCAGCGGCGAAAAAGCAAAUUUUGAACACGUUGAGCAAACCGCCCAAGAGGUCUAUGCCAUGGAACGUAAGUCUAGAAAUUGGGCCGGAUAUUGAAAUAGCCGUCAGUGGAUACGUUUGCACGAGGAAGAAUACACAGAAUGAUCUGAAGAAGGCGCUUGUAAAAAAUGAAGCAACUUCCAGUUUCACUGGUUCACAAAACUUAAGCACGGAAGUGGCCAUACCAUCAUCAAUGGAAGGAGAUGAGGAUUUUGGACCUAAGAAGACAGUAAUGGUUGAAUUUGCUUCGAAAAUAACUGACAGGGAGUAUCUUUGGAAAGCGAAGGAUGGGACAGUCGUGGACGAUGAAGAUGUCGGAAAGGGUUAUUUUUACGGUGAUCGGUUGAUCCCAUUUAAUGAACUUGAAAACGAAGAUGCUUACAAGAGUGGAGACAAAUGCUUAAAGGUGAUUGUAUUUUGUCCCAAGGACAAAAUAUUCCCUGCUUUUCAACAAGGUGAUGGUACUACGUUGUUCUAUGCCAAGAAAGGCGACUCGAACGCUGAGGUGAAGCUGAGUGCUUUGUUGCAAGUUUUGCAUAAUAAUGACCGGGUUGCUGUUGUGAGGAAAGUGUACCGCAAAAACUCAAGAGUAAACCUAGGGAUCCUGUCGGCCGACGUUGAUCGAAAAUGCCUCGUGUACUCAGAAAUCUGCUUCGCUGAUGAUAUUUCGGUGCCUCACUUUCCAGCACUUUUCAAGCAAGACUCUAUUUCAGAGGAAGAUGGAAAUACUUUAUCCGAGAAGGAACAACUUAUUGAUAGCUUGAUCUUGGGUCAAACGCUCGAUGGUUUCCAUCCAUUUGAAGGACCCAUUGACCCUGCUGCUGCAAGUCUACGAAAUAACAUUUCAUCUCGAAUUCUCGAUCCAAAAGCUAAAACAACAUCAUGUGCGGACAAAAACGACAAUAUUGAUAUUUUCUUCAGCAAAGCCGUCCUUGAAGAGCAGCUAGAGCAACUGCAAAGUUUUUUUCCUUUGAAAAUGAUUAAGCAACAAACGGACAGACCUGCAGGUGCUAACAUUUUCAGGAAGCGGCCUUUAGAUGCAAUCACUGAUGCUGAUCAAGAUGAAAAGAAAAUUAAAACAGAAGAAGACAUGGAGGUUGGAAAUGAAAUUGUACCCGUUGCUGAAAACAACGAUCUUGAUUACGAUGAUUUGCUCGACAAUGUAUAAUGCAAUCCACUGACAUGGACAACUUGAACAUGGACAACUUGGACUCGCAUAUUAUUUUCGUAACAUAUUUAUUGUACGUUGUUAGUCUUAUCGUACAUUUUGUCAGUAUUGAGUUAUAUGUAUAACUACUGUCCAAUGAUCAAUUGAAGUGAUUAAACAGCAAGUAUAAAAAUA